AUGAUGCGUAACUCGACAGACAACCCAACUGGAUACGCCGAGCGAGGGACCAAUGCGUCGUUACUAGGCGAUUCAGCAUCCCGCGCGCCUCAGGCCGGCACGACUCCGAAGGCGCCCGCGACCCGGCCGGGCGGAUUGGGAGGAGGGCGUCAGAUCACUCGCAACCGUGCGAGCUACAGCUGCCACACGUGUCGGAGGAGGAAGGUCCAUCCGGUGUGCGGGAAUUGCCUCAAGAAUGGCACCGAGUGCGUCUACGAUACCACUGUGCCCAAGAAGGGUACGGGAGCGGACAAUCGCGGAGAGGACUAUCAUGGAGUGAAGCGGAGGAGAGAGAUGUCCAGACCCCUGGAUGGUGAUACCGAUGAGUCGCAAUCGUUCUUGGGCGGAUGGAGGGACGCGCGUGGAAAUCUGCCGGAGCCGAGAGGCAGUUCGCAGGCGAUCGAGGCGCGACUGGACAAGCUCACGUCGUUGCUCGAACAAUUGAGCAAGGCCGAUCGCUCCCUGUCAGUGGAGGAGAUGAGCCGACAGCUAUUGAUGAUGAACCAAAAUGGCGACUGGCGGUCCGUCCCAAAGUCGGCGGGAAAUGGGGAUACUGCGAAGCCUGCAUCCGGGUCUCGCCCAGCCAGUCCGCGACGCAAUGCCGACUCCAGUGGCGAUGAGUUUCCUAUCCCCUCUGGGAAGGCGACGGAUCCUGUUGAUCCGGUGGGAAGUCUUAAUCUCGGUCAUCUGAGCCUGGAAGAUGGAGGCAAGUCCAGAUAUGUUGGAACUACAUAUUGGGCAUACAUAUCGCACGAGGACGCUAUCAAUGAGCUCAACCAGCUCCUACGGGACCAGAAUCGAUCGCAUGACCCCUCUCCUCCUGAUGAAAGCUCUACUGAAGAGGCUAUGGCGGACCAAGGGGUAAAAUCCCCUGCAAGGACGUCUUCCUAUUCUACGGGGGGUGGCAGCCAACGACACCGCAUGUCGAGUCAGGGCGAUCAUUUCCACAAAGCCAUUCUUUUCCCUACUGGAGAUUCUCCCUCCACACAUGACAGAGCAGUUGAGCCCGAAAUGCUCGAGAAUGUGCCCACGAAACGCCAGAGCGACAUUCUGUACAAAGGCUUCAUGUCUGGUGUCCAUGCCAUUAGUCCUGUGCUGCAUCCUCCCACUGUCCUGAAGAUGUACAACGCCUUCUGGGAUUGGUACGAUCAUAGCAGCUACUCAGGGGAGCAGUGUCCUGAUCCGUCGUUCAUCCCGUUGCUCUAUGCCAUCUGGUAUGGCGGCUCAGUCACCAUCUCUAUCCGCACGAUCAAGGCCGAAUUCAACGUUUCUUCUCGCUCCGUGCUAUCGGACAUGUUCAAUGAUCAGGUAACCCGGUGGCUCACCAAGAUCUCCUUUCCUCGCAGUCCUACCCUUCACGGGCUGGCCGCGUUCCUUAUCGUCCAGACGAUCUUGUCCAAAGAGGAGGAACCUCUGACUAGCAGUCUCUUCAUCAGCCUCGCGCUGAGAGUGGCACAGACGAUGGGUCUCCAUCGGGACCCUGCUCAAUUUGGCAUCCAACCGUGCGAGGCCGAGUCGCGACGGCGGGUCUGGUGGCACAUCGUCCACAUGGAUGGUGUGGUUGCCAUGUCCAGCGGCCUGCCACCGUUGGUCAGCGACGAGAACUAUUGGGAUGUCCGCGAGACCAGCGAGGUCAAGGACACGCUGUUGGGGACACCGCAGGCGGAGCACUAUACACGGUUGGUUGCUGCCAACUUGCGACCGCCAGAUAAUCCCGACGAUCCAACCAUCUGUGGUGGCCCGUCCAUGGUGAAUGUCUUCUACCUCUGCGCGAGAGGGAAGUACAUUAUGGCGCGUGCUAUCCGCAGGAUCUUGAAGAUCCAACUGGGGACAAGGCCGAUCACGGGGCGAGAUAUGGAAGAGUUGAGAUCUAUCUUGGUGGAUCUCCAAUACAAGCUAAAUUCCAUUGUCAAUCGAAUACCGCUGGCGCAACACCCCGGGACUCCUGGGCGAGAUGGCAGCUCUGCAUCGGACCGGUCCCAGUCCUUCUCUCAUUCUCCAGCAAACUCCCGUUCGAACGAGGGCUUGCUCCCUGGUGACGGGCCGUCUGGCUGUGCAGAGCAAUACCACACCCCAGUCUUGGUGGCGUUUCACAAGUGGGCCAGGAUCCUCCUGUCCUUAUUUAUUGAUAAGGCAUUUUGUGUUGCCUAUCAGCCUUUCUUGAAGAACGCCAAAAGCCGGAUAUGGCCUGCGGCGAGACAAGGAGCACUGCGGCAUUGCCAUGGUUUCAUGGAGAAGUUCAUCGCGCUUGCUACUGAUCCUGACUUUCAGCCCUUCCAAUGGAGUUGGCCUGGCAAUCAUCAGCCCAUGCAUGCUACCAUGAUUAUGCUUAUCGAUCUCUACGAGCGACCCAACAGUCCGCAGGCGUCCCGAUCGAGAGCGUUCAUAGACAAGAUCUUUUCCUUAUCCGGACCAGAUGGGGGUGUGGUUGGCGGUGAAGAUGGGAUCACGACGGCACGGCCCCUUAAGGACGGAGGCCGGGAGGCAUGGGACUUGAUGCGUCGACUGCGCGAGAAAGCGUGGCGGAAAGCCGGCCUUGAUCCCUCGCAAUUCUGGACGGAGCAAGCGCAGAUCCAGGCAGGCGUGGUGCCGACUCCUGAAAAGCAUUCUGGUCCCAACUCACCGACGUCGUUUGGCAAUCGGUCAUAUUCGACCAGCACACACCGUCCGGGUAAACCCGAUCCGCAACUCGUCGAGUUCUCCAGCAGAUUCUUCGACAUGACGCGGGCGCAGACCCUGCCCAACCCGGUCGUGUCGGCGCUGCGACAGGAGUCUCCACGAUAUUCGGUCUCACUUCCUCCUCCGAUGCCUGCUUCGACCGCGUCUAGCAGCCAGCCUGCUGCUGCCGCCCAGACGACUUCUUCUUCUCCCCAGCUUCCACCGAUGACGCACCCGAUGCUCAACCAGGGUCUAGACGCGACUCUGGCCAGUCUGGCCUCGUCUGAGUCAUUCAGCGCGCCUAAUUCCCAGCCUGCUCCCCUUAUGAGCAUGUCCCCAUCUACAUCAACCUUCGCAUUCAGCAACACCACCACCAACACCAAUAACAACCCCAACAACAACUCCUCCACGACUGCUCCCCCCGACACGGACCCAACGACGACAACGACAACGACAACGACGAGCAUGACCAGCGCCGCACCAACGCCUCCGUCAAUGAUGGACCCCAACCUCACCUUCGACUGGGACCAGUGGGACGCGGUGUUCGGGCAGCAGUUGCCUGUGGCCGACGAGCUGAUGGAGCUGGAUCCAGUUGCUGGACUGGGCUUGCCAGAUCUGGGAAUGGGGUUAGGGUUGGGGUGA